UUUUAAUGUUAUUUGUCAAGCAAUACAUAUUAAUUAGCAUUAUAACGUUUAAGAAUAAAGCGGACAAGUAAUAUUUCGUUCACAUAGGAAAAUAAGAAGUUAUUAUCAAUAAGAUAAAUUAAUUACAUAGUGUUAAAUGCUUCCAGCUGUUUUAUUUGUGCUAUAUAAAACAUUUGUAAUUGUGAUCCUUUACUGUUUUAGUAAACGACGGUUAUAAAGUCAAACAAGAUGAUUCUUUCUACGUGCUUGGUUGUAUCGUUAUUCAUUUUGGGCUCAAACUCGUCCCCAAAUGGAGCCCCGCCAGGAAGUUGCAGUUCCAUGAUACCAAGCCCAAACCACCAUGCCAGUACACCACGAACUACACCAUGUCCCUAUACCAUAGAAACAACACCAAACACGUUUACCUGCGGUAGUACAGUUUCGGUAACACUUGGUAAAAUUAGCACAGCUACCCCAGGAUUCAGAGGAUUUUUAUGCCAAGCACGAACAAAUGUCGACGACUAUAGUACUGUGACAGGCACGCUAACAGAUACAGAUAACGCUGUACUCUCAACUAAUAGAUGUCCAGCAGUGAAUGCUUCCAUAACACAUGCUGAAAGGAGCGUCAAAGACAGCUUCACUUUUGAUUGGACGAAUGAUGGAACUAGUGCUACAACCAACAGUGUCUAUAUAGUGUGUACAUUGGUCCAGUCAAAGACAAUCUUUUGGGUAAAUAUGACAACUCCAGCUCUCACAUAUACCGGGACAGCAACAACUUGUUAAGACAUUCAGUUUAAUGAUAUUUGUU